AUGCAUUUCACCACCUCAGCGGCCGUGGCCUCCGUCAUGGCCUUUGCGUCCCUGGCCAACGCCCACAUGAUGAUGGCGAUGCCGAAGCCUUUCCCCGGCACCAUCAGCAGUCCCGUCCAGGACCUGGGGGCCAACUACAUCUGCCAGGGCAAGCUCUCAGGAGGCACGCCGAUGGAGCUCAAGAUCGGGUCCAAGAACAACAAGCUCACGUUUGCGGGAACGGCCGUGCACGGCGGUGGCUCCUGCCAGGUUGCCAUCACAUACAAGGAGAAGCCGACGGCGACCGACUUUCGCGUCAUCACCUCGUUCCACGGAGGCUGCCCCCUGGAGAACGGCAACGAAAACCUCCAGCCGGCCGACGCCAGCAAGCCACUGGACUCCGGCUUGACGUACGACGUGCCCGAGGGCAUCCCGGGAGGCAACGCCAUCCUCGCCUGGACCUGGAUCAACAAGAUCGGCAACAGGGAGUUUUACAUGCAGUGCGCCCCGAUCAAGCUCACCGGCACCCCGGGAUCCAAGGCUGCGCUGGAGAAGCUCCCCACCAUCGCGACGCCCAACAUCCCCGGCAGCGGCUGCGACACCAACGCGCUUGGCGACUUUGCCUACGAGUUCCCCGGUCCCGUGGUCAGGGUCGGCAUCACCCGCCCGUUGAAGGUGCUCAAGGGCUGCAAGGUCGACCAGGGUACCGGCGGCGGCGGCGGCGGUGGAGGUGGUGCGACCACCCCCGAGACUCCCAAGGACGACAAGCCCCCCAAGGACGACAAGCCUCCCAAGGAGGACAAACCCGCCAACCCUCCCGCGUCUCCCCCCGCGACCAACCCUCCUGCUUCCGGCGGUGGCGAGGGCGGCUCCUGCACAGACGGAACCUUCAACUGCAUCGAGGGCGGCACCAAGUUCCAGCAGUGCGCGCACGGCAAGUGGCAGGCGACCAUGCCCAUGGCGCCCGGGACCACUUGCAAGGCCGGCGUGUCGACCACCUUGUUCAAGCGGUCUCUGGACAGGCUGCACGUGCGCGACUUUGGUCACAUGGAGAUGGUUUGUCGAAAGAUGACGUCCAGAAUCCGUCUUUCGACAGCGUCGGCGCCCUUUUCGGAGAUGUCUCACAGCUCCUUUGGGGUCGGACCGCCCAACAAAGUACAUACGGCCGACGGUAGCCUUACCCAGACCUUUCGGCACCGAGAUUAUGCUCGGCGCCAUGAAACGAUCCGCGGGGCUGUCAUCACUGUACCGGAUGCCCAGACCGUGAACGGGGCUGGACCGUCUUCAUUCAUAGGACAGCCUGUAUGUUUUCCAAGCGUCAGCCGCAAGGGUUUUAAAAAUUAUGGCCGUGAAAACAUGCAACUUGCGUCCACCUCCGCUUUUCGCACACAGACAAGACAUCACCUUAUCGUUGGCAGUGCCUCUGAUAUGGUUGUGGCCAUCAUUUAUGGCCUUUCAGGCCCGUCAUCCCUCUAG